AAAAAAUUUCGAAGAUGAUUCACCCGAUUUUAAUAUUGGCCGGCAUAGUAUUAAUAUUGUUGCCGACCUUAAUGUAUGAGCUUCCACCUCAUUUUUUUAGUACUUAUGUAUUCAUUUAUUUGUUUAUAGCUGUACCUUUGUAUGUUAUCUCAUUUUUAAUGAGUAUUUAGAUUUUAAUAUUUACCUUAUUUAUGUUUAGCAACAAAAAAUGGCAAACAUCGCAAAAAUUGAAUUCCCGGCUCUUAAUAUCACCGGAGAAAAUUAUAUGCCGUGGACGGCACAUGUUAAGCGACAUCUCAAGUCAAUGGGUGUUUUGGAAACGAUAACGGAGUGGAACGAAUGUAGCGAUCAAGACAGGGCAAAAUCCGAUGUCUUCCUCGAUAAACACAUUGAUGAAAUGUUGCAAUUUGAAUAUUCAAAUUUUGAGGAUCCAUACGUUUUGUGGGAAGAUUUAAAAAGCAGAUUUGAUAAUCAAAGGGAAGUUUUACUUCCCACUGCUAGAGAUGAAUGGAACAAUCUCAGGUUCCAAGAUUUUAAAAAGAGAAAAACAAUGAGCUACUAAUGAAAAAUCAUCAAGCUCGUCCCACUGGAUCAUUAGCCAUUCCAGAAGCAAAUGCUGUUAUUAAUGAUGAUAUUAAAGACUCUGGAAGAAAAUGGGGACGAGGCCGUGGCCGUGGCCAUUUUGGUAAAGGUAAUGGUCGAAAUUAUUCCUUCAAAAGAAAUAAUAACUUCCGAGGCAAUUCCCAUGGUCGUGGACGUGGUCGCGGUCGUGGUCGUGGUCGAAAUCAAAGAACCCCCAAUUACCACACUCCACAAAAUACCAAUUCCAACCAGUAUAACAAAAGGAAUGAAGCUGGUAGGUCCGAAAACAAUGGCACUUCUUGUUUCAGAUGUGGAAGUGCAAACCAUUGGUCAAAGGCUUGUCGUACACCUUCACAUUUAUGUGAACUUUACCAAGCCUCUCUCAAAAGAAAAGAAAAGGAGAUGAACCAUGUGGAUAAUUUUAAUGAUAUCAACGUCGAAAUGAAUGUCGCCGACUUUAACAAUAACAUGGAACUCUGAAACGAAUGUUGCUAAACCAUAAUAAUUAUAUGCAACAAUUAUGUAAUUUCCUUUAUUAUAUAUAUCUUUAUUAUGUUUCGGUAGUUUUUCUUUUCAUGUAACGUCUUCAACUAAUAAAUAAACUU